CUUGUUUUGACCUCAAACUCCGGAACUUGCUCUCUCCCUCCCUCUAUAUAUAACCCUUUCUACCCUCAUCUCUCUCAUCGCACUCUUCUUCACAUUCUAUCAUCCUCGCUUCUCACUUUACAUCACCUCACCCAGUUCUUCUUUUUCUUAGUAUUUUUUUAGGAAAUUAAUUAAAUGGAGGAAACUGUGGUGCCAAAGAGGCCUAGAGAAGAACCUCAAGUGACAGAAGAUGCACAAAAUAUUUGUCAUGAAAAAGAGCCGUCUAAGAGGCACAAACCAUACAACAACAUACUCUCUCUUCUUGAAUCAGAGGAAUUAGAGGACUCCACCCAAGACCUCUCUCCUUUCAUCACAACCCUCCAACAAGAAAUCACCAACUGUGCCUCAGAUUCAGAUACCCUUUUGACCCAAGAACACAAACUCACCACCACCUCGACACCCAAUAGUUUAGAGAAAUCUUCAACCUGCACCACUCAUCAUUCUAAUGACACCGUGAAGGAUGAUGAUAAAGAGAGGGUCAUGAGACACCUUUUAGAAGCUUCUGAUGAUGAGCUUGGGAUUCCAAACAGAGUAGAAGGGUUACUUGAUUUUGGUGAAGACGGGUUUAACGGUGGAGACAUGUUUUCUUCUAUAUGUGAUGGGUUGUGGGAGCUUGAAGAUGAAACUGCUAAUUACUAUGCUUUGUUGCAAUCUGGACUCUUUCUUUAGUUUCUCUUGCUUCCUUGGAGGCAAUAGGCAAUAUAAAAUAAGAAAAACGAAGUUAUUGAAGGUCAAGGUGAAAUCUAAAAUGAAAAAUUGAGGGCAUUUUUUUCCUUUGUUUUUCAUUUUUUUAUCCCCCCUUUAUGCGAAGAUCAUGGGUUGCUUAUGUGAACGUGGUUGGAUUAGCAGUACUGUUGAGGUCGAUUUGUUUCAGAAACUACAAAGACCAUUUGGGCACAUAUUCAUAUUAAACAAAGUGAUUAGUCGUGAUCUAUUUAACUUUUUCUUCA